GAUAGUGCACCUCUAAAAACAACUAGCAAUUUUUUGGUGUCCUGUCCCGUUUUCUUUGCGCACACUUUCCGACACCAAAUUUAAAGCAUGGAACAAAUGGAGGUCGACGUGGACAUGUCGGCAAAGCCGAGCACCUCAUCAUCGGCGGCCGCAACCGCAGCAGCUGCCGCCAGCAGCAACAAACCAGAGGCACAGCCCAAGGGUAAUAAUGUUAUGGCCGCACAGGGCACAACCGGCUCGGUGACAAUCUCGCUCCAUCCGCUGGUCAUAAUGAACAUAUCGGAGCACUGGACACGCUUCCGGGCGCAGCACGGGGAGCCGCGUCAGGUCUACGGGGCGCUGAUUGGCAAACAAAAGGGACGAAACAUUGAAAUAAUGAACUCGUUCGAACUCAAGACCGAUGUGAUUGGGGACGAGACGAUAAUCAACAAAGACUACUACAACAAAAAGGAGCAGCAGUACAAGCAGGUAUUCAGCGACCUCGACUUCAUUGGCUGGUAUACGACGGGCGAGAAUCCCACAGCGGACGACAUAAAAAUCCAGAAACAGAUAGCCGCCAUCAACGAGUGCCCCAUCAUGCUGCAACUGCACCCGUUGUCGCGCAGCGUGGAUCAGCUGCCGUUGAAGCUGUUCGAGUCGCUGAUCGAUCUGGUGGAUGGAGAGGCGACCAUGCUGUUUGUGCCGCUGACCUACACACUGGCCACCGAGGAGGCGGAGCGCAUUGGUGUCGAUCAUGUGGCCCGCAUGACCUCCAACGAGUCCGGCGAGAAGAGUGUGGUCGCCGAGCACCUGGUGGCCCAGGACAGUGCCAUUAAAAUGCUCAAUACACGCAUCAAAAUCGUUCUGCAGUACAUCAAAGAUGUGGAGGCAGGCAAGCUGAAAGCAAACCAGGAGAUUCUGCGCGAAGCGUACGCCCUGUGCCACCGGCUGCCAGUGAUGCAGGUGCCCGCCUUCCAGGAGGAGUUCUACACGCAAUGCAACGACGUGGGCCUGAUCAGCUAUCUGGGAACACUGACCAAGGGAUGCAACGAUAUGCAUCACUUUGUUAACAAAUUCAAUAUGCUCUACGACCGCCAGGGAUCAUCGCGCCGCAUGCGCGGACUAUACUACUGAACGAAUGAUGAUUUUUUAAAUGCCGAUGUGUGUGUGUGUGUGUGGUGUGUAUGUUGAUGUACAAUUAAAGCGUCAACAUUGCAUACGUACAAAUGUG